AUCAUCUGGCAACCCAUUACAGUUCCUUUUCAGCAAAGCUAGGCUACAUCCAUUCCCUCACUGCAUUUCCCAUCACUGCUGGAUAGAUCACUGUAACCCAACGGUCGUCACGCAGCAACAGAGCUGAGGGAAUAUAGUAAACAUCUCAGGGGUGUAACAGUGGAGGGAAGGUGCACUCAGGAUGGUCACCAUUCCAGAGUACUACGAAGGAAAAAAUGUGCUCAUCACAGGGGCUACAGGCUUUAUGGGGAAAGUUCUUCUGGAGAAGUUGCUACGCUCCUGUCCCGGUGUCAAAGCUGCCUAUGUGCUAGUCCGGCCCAAAGCAGGACAGGCUCCUGAUGCCCGUAUUGCUGACGUGAUCAAUUGCAAGCUUUUUGACAGACUGCGAGAGGAGCAGCCUGACUUUGCAGAAAAGAUUGUGGCAGUUAACAGUGAACUGACUCAGCCAGAUCUGGAUCUGAGCACAGAAGACCAGGAGACUCUUACAGGCUGCAUUAACAUAGUGUUUCACUGCGCUGCCACUAUACGCUUCAAUGAGCCUCUGAAAGAUGCUAUGCAGUUGAAUGUGCUGGCCACGCAGAAGAUGAUAAGCUUGGCCCACAAAAUGAAGCAUCUGGAGGUAUUUCUUCACGUUUCCACAGCUUACGCCCAUUGUGACAGGGAGCUCAUCGAAGAGGUUGUCUAUCCAACACCUGUUGAUUACAGAAAGCUCAUAGACACACUUGAGUGGAUGGACGACAAGCUUGUUUCUUUAAUGACACCAAAGCUGUUAGGUGAGCGGCCUAACACAUACACGUACACUAAAGCUUUGGCAGAACAGUUAAUCCAGCAGGAGUGUGGAAAUAUCAAUGUUGCCAUCGUCAGGCCCUCUAUAGUAGGAGCCAGCUGGAAAGAACCAUUCCCUGGCUGGAUUGAUAAUUUCAAUGGGCCCAGUGGAAUAUUCAUCGCUGCAGGGAAAGGGAUUCUGCGAACAAUGAGGGCUUCAAAUAAUGCCGUCGCUGACCUUGUGCCAGUGGAUGUAGUCAUAAACACAACUUUAGCAGCUGCCUGGUAUUCUGGAUCACAGAAGCAUACAAGGCCGAGAAGUAUUUUGGUGUACAACUGCACAACGGGUGGGAUCAACCCAUUUCACUGGGGUGAAGUCGAGUACUGCAUAAACAUGACGUUCAAGACCAAUCCCUUAGAACAGGCUUUCAGACGCCCCAAUGUUAAUCUGCGAUCCAACCCUUUUACCAAUCAGUACUGGACCACAGUGAGUCACACCCUACCUGCCCUGCUGUAUGACGGGUUUCUCAUGUUGACGGGUCAGAAGCCCCGGAUGAUGAAGACAAUCACUCGGUUGCACAAGGCAAUGAUGGUGUUGGAGUACUUCACGAGCCACUCGUGGGUGUGGAACACUGACAACGUCACCAUGCUCAUGAACCAGAUGGGAGCUGAGGACAAGAAAGUAUUUAACUUUGAUGUCAGGCAGUUACAUUGGGCAGAAUACAUGGAGAAUUACUGCAUGGGCACUAAGAAGUAUGUUCUUAAUGAAGAGCUGUCAGGACUUCCUGCAGCACGCAAACACUUAAACAAGCUGCGUAACAUUCGCUAUACAUUCAACACCAUCUUGGUCGUUUUUAUCUGGCGCAUCUUCAUUGCCCGUUCGCAAAUGGCCAGAAACAUCUGGUACUUUGUUGUCAGCUUGUGCUUUAAGUUCCUGUCCUAUUUCAGAGCCUCUAGCACCAUGAAAUACUGAUCCCCUACACUCCUUCCCUCAUAUCCCCUCUCCCAAAGGCUAUGCACACACUUCUGCUUUGCGACACUUUGGACUAAGGUCCCUGCAGGGUCAUGUAUACAGGUGUAGUAUCUGCUAUCCUCCCCUCCUGUGCAAGUGUGCCCUUGACUUAAUAGUGCAAGUGCACUCUUGCUAUGUAGAAAGCAUGAAUUUUCAGGGUUCAAGCCCUAAGAAACUCUUUCAGCACAAUAAAAGCAAGAGUGUUCUUGCAGAGAGUGUCUGAGCACUUACUAUACCUGUUGCACCUCCUGAUCACGAGCAGGUUGGGGGCAACUCUUGAUUAUGGUUUACACACUUGCUCAUACUUGUUCCAGGCAUUGCUUGUUGACGGCAAUGACCCGUUUCCAACUAUAAUCAGUGAAGCACAAGAAAAAAAUUAAAAUAAAUUGAGAUCAUUUGGUCUCAGCUCUGUGCCUAAAAUUCAUGAAUAACCUUGUUUAUCAUGUUCCCAGUGUCUUUGUUGAAUCCAUUCUUUUUACAUUUCGCCUUAUUUCUUUCCAAUAACCUCCCACCCUCUAUGAGAUGAGACGAAAGCAGUCAUCGUUGCACCAGCAGCUUAAGCCUUUAUUUCCAAGCCUUAUGUUUGUGUAUACACUUCUUUUUUUUUUACUCAACAGUGUAACAGCGUAAUCUUCGAUCAGUUGUGUCAUUUCUACUGCUUGAUCUCUUUGUUGGGGUCAUUGUGUUUUGUAAAAACAAUCAAGCUCUUUGUUUAGUGAAUCAUAGAUCUCUGACUAAUAAAGCAGGCUUGUGGGUUUCCCUCAGAAACAUUAGCAAAUGCAAGCCUCAGUUUUCUCAUCUGCUUAACUUACUGCCUUUUACAAAUAAUAAUAAAUAAAUUGAAAUGGGUACUGAAAAUAUAUUCCUGCUAUGACUUUUGUCACCUUUUUCACCUCAAGAGUUUGCAUCCCUGAUUUGAACGUGACAUGUUAAUGCAAGAAUGGUUUUACGAACAAUUUACACAUGUUGGAAUGGUAAUUCAUAGAAAUUAAACGUGUUUAUGAAAGGUUAAUCAUCCCUUAAGCCAUUCAUAUGAAUAUUGUCACAUUUAAUUGAACUUAAUGAUCAAUUUAUACAGAAAUUUGUGAGAGAUGUAAUUCUUAAGAAUUUGUAGAAUAGUUUUAUGAACGUUGUUUUUUUUUUUUUUUUGCUCUUUUUAAGGGAGCAGAACAGAUUUGUGUAAACGGUUUACAGAUCAAUUUAUACUCCAAUUGUCCCAUUAAAUUGAAUGUAGCAAUGUACAUAAGAAUGGUUUUACGAAUGAUUUACACAGAAAUUUGUGUUCGUUUUUUUUUUUUUUUU